AUGGGCUUGUGUUAAUCUAAUAGAAAUGAAAGGAAAUCUUUUGUUGCUAAAAAAUUACACACUUAAAGUGACACAUAAAUCUAAAAUAAAUUAAAAGGAAAAGAUACCCCAAUUAGACCAAAGACAUAGCCUACAUUGAAUACAAUAGCAAAAGACCAUUUCUCAACUAUUAAAACUCCAACCGCAAUUAGAACUAGUAGGAGGAUGAUAAGAGAAGCAUUGGCCAAAACUUAUUCUGUUCUAAAUUAGGAUUUUGGGUGUUCAAGUAACCAUAUUAUAUUUAUUUCAGACCAAGACAAUGUAGGAUUAAUAUAACAUAAUGUGACUGGAUAAGUUAGAACUGCUAAGACUAUUCUAAAAGAAGAUGAGUCAAUUAAUGACAUGGAAUAAUACAUUAAUAAUAUUAGAGAAAAUAACUUAGUAGUUUAUAUUAAUAUUACAAAAGUCUUCACCACAUUUUAAUAAUGCAAUAGAGCUUUUUGAAGAUUUUAAAUGUUAUUAUGUGAUCUAAUAAUAUUGUAGUGGAGGCAAGCUUUCGAAUUUAUGUAGUAAGAUAGAAGAGGAUAAUGCUAUUUAUAUUUUAUCUUAAAUACUAGAUACUCUUAAAGAGAUUCAUAGUUAAAAUAAUUAUCAUGGAAAUUUAAGUAUUUAAAGUUUUGCUCUUACAGAUUAAUCAAAUAAUCAUUAUGUAAAAAUGAUAGAUAUCUAUCCUGUAUUUUAAAUUAAGGAGAAAAAUGAGAUUUAAAGGAAUUAACAAUUAGACAUAAAAGCAGUUGGACUUAUUUUAUUUUAAUUGAUUACAAAUAAACAAAUAACAAAACAAACAACUGAAAUGAUCUUAAAGAAACCAAAAGAUUCAAUUUAUAAAUCAUAUUUUUGGUUUUAAUUAGUUUUAUAAUUACUAGAAUCAAAAAAUUUAUAAAUUUAUGAAAAUUUGUAAUCAAAUUCAAUUUACUAAAAUAUUAUAUAGAAAUAUUAAUCUCGAUAUGCUGAAUCAAUAUUUAAAAGAAUAUUGUUUUAAAAGGCUUCAUAUCUUUAAUAAUAAAUAAUAUUAGUAAUGAAUAAGAUUUUUUUUUAAGAAAGACAAAAUUAAAUAUAAAGAAUAUUUUUAAAGAAUGAUACUAAUCAUAAUGGUACUUUAUAAAAAGAGGAAUUAUAAAAAGCAUUAGGAGUUGAAGAAGAUAUAGAUGAAAUAUUUGAUUAAAUUGAUAUUGAUGGAAAUGGAAAAAUAGAUAUGAAUGAAUUUAUCUUUAAUUCUUGUGAUAGAGGAGCUUUGUUAAAUGAAUUCAAUUUAAAUGUUGCCUUUUAUGAAUUGUAAAGAAAAGGAUUUGUUAUUCCAUCAUAAUUUUCUAAAUUUAUAAGUUGUGAUGAGGAUAAAAUUGAAAAUGAAAUUGCAAUUAAAUUUAAUUCAAAAAGAGUAAUUAUUAUAUAUAUAUUCUUAGUUAAAUAAACAAGAUUUCAUUAAAUUGAUGAUGGAGCUUCUCUGA